AUGACAGAAAAGCAUUCCAACAAUUCAGGCUUGAGUGUGCCUUUACUACCCGAGUGGGGGCACCAUGAUAAAGGCCAAGCUAUUGCUGCCGAGAAAGCUAUUGCCUCUCAUGCUUCUUCCGAUCGCAAUGUGUCCUUCUUUCGCACUUGCAUCAAUGGACUCAAUGCAAUAUCAGGUGUUGGCAUACUCUCAGUUCCAUACGCUCUUGCAUCUGGAGGGUGGAUAAGCUUGGGUUUUCUGUUGGUUUUUGCCACUGCAGCCUUUUACACAGCCAUAUUGAUGAAAAGAUGUUUGGAUUUGAAUCCGAAUCUUAGAAGCUAUCCUGACAUAGGUGAGCUUGCAUUUGGAAAGAUAGGAAGACUAUUAGUAUCAGCAGUCAUCUACACGGAACUAUACUUAGUUUCAACAGGGUUCUUGAUUCUAGAAGGUGAUAACUUGAAUAAUAUAUUCCCCAUUGGGGAGUUUCAGAUAGCUGGUUUAACAAUUAAUGGGCAGCAAUUCUUUGUGAUAUUGGUUGCUAUUAUUAUCUUGCCCACAGUUUGGUUAGAUAACUUGAGUUUACUUUCUUAUGUGUCUGCAAGUGGAGUGUUUGCUAGUGCUAUCAUAAUCUUGUCAAUAACAUGGACUGGAGCGUUAGAUGGAGUUGGUUUCAAUCAAAAGGGUACUCUUGUUAAUUGGAAUGGAAUCCCUACAGCUGUUAGUUUGUAUGCCUUUUGUUAUUGUGCACAUCCGGUUUUUCCCACCUUGUACACUUCCAUGAAGAGCAAACAACAGUUCUCCACUGUCCUUCUAAUAAGCUUUGUAUUAAGCACUGCUGGUUAUGCAGCCAUGGCUGUAAUUGGUUACCUAAUGUUUGGUCCAGCUGUUGAAUCACAGGUAACAUUAAGCCUGCCACUAGACAAAGUAAGCUCCAAAAUAGCAAUAUAUACAACUUUGGUCAAUCCAAUAUGCAAGUUUGCUUUGAUGGCAACACCCAUUACCAAUGCUUUGAAUGAUUUGCUUCCAAGGAGGUACAGAAAUAGAGUCACUAACAUCUUAGUCAGCACUGUCUUGGUAAUCAGCUCUACCAUUGUUGCCCUUUCGGUUCCUUUCUUUGCGUACCUCAUGUCCCUUGUUGGAGCAUUUCUAAGUGUCACUGCUUCUAUUCUGCUUGUAUGCUUAUGCUACUUGAAGAUUUCUGGCACUUACAAGAAGUUUGGGAUUGAGACAGUAAUCAUAGUGGUAAUAGUAAUAGCAGCUAUAGCAAUAGGAAUAUCUGGCACGUACACCUCAAUUCUUGAUAUUGUUGAACAUUUGUAG